AAUAUGCUUGGACGUGUUUUGCGAAUUAGCGCUUUUUCUCGCCAAGUUGCCGCUGUAUUUGCUGUGCGACCGUCAACCACAUGUACAGCAACGUCAUCUCCAGAUGAUCCUUUGAAAGGGCUUAUCGACUCCUUGUCAAAUGAAAACGAGAUUUCUCCUGCCGAAAAGCUGAUUCCUUUUUCUGCAAAUAUCAAAGACUUCAGAAAUUUUCUUGAAACGCGAAAGGACCGACUCCAACCUUCUGAUUUCUUAAAUGUUCUGAAGUCUGCCCUGCUACUAGAUAGAGAAAAUCGUUUUGCUUCAGAAUUUAUCAAGAAUUGCGGAAAAGAACCUAACGAGCAGGCUAUUAUGCAAAUGCCGGUAAAUGAUGACCUGAUCUCAAUGAUGACCGCUCUCCUUGAGCUUGGGCUUGCAAAAGAAGAAUUAUUUCGUAAUCUGGAAAAAAGGCUUUCAGGUGACAUAGGUGGGUCUCUCCAUCUACUGAUUUUAAAGACAAUUUCGGGUUGUUUUGAGUGA